UAAGAAGCGGGAAGUAUUGUCAAGCUGCCCUAACUGUACGAUCCACCUGCUUCUUCUUCAUGGCAUUCUCAGCUACAAUUUCAAGUGAGGGAGGUAAUCCAAGUUGUGGUCCAAUAACAUUUAAGCUCAGGACUAGUUUGUUGGAAGAGUCUCCCCAGAAAUCUCUAAAGCUGGAGAUUACUCCUUCGAUACCUGAAGCGGAUGCUAAUGGAUUGCUAGAUCGGCUUCAUGCUCAGCUCAGCAGUGAGGGAAAAGAGUUGCUGCUCCAUUUGAAAGAAAGCGACGAUGCAUUUCAUUUUGAAAUUGAACCAGUGCUCAAGGACAAUACCAAAUCUGUGAAAUCAAAACCUUUUCAUCAUGCAACUUCUCGAUUUGAGACUGAAUUUAAUGACCGUGAACUAAUUGGUGAAGGUGGUUUUGGCCGUGUUUACAAGGGAAAACAUGUAAUCGAUGGAGCUCUGUAUGCAGUCAAGAAAAUUCGCAUCAAAGGAGUGGAGGACAAACAACUAAGGGAAGUACAAACUCUAUCUGUUGUCAAUCACGAACAUGUUCGCUAUUUCCAAGUAAGAAUUUUUUAUUUUAUGCAUCUAGAAGUGUUUUUGUUUUUUUUUUUUGACAAAUGCAUCUAGAACUAUUUUCUAGUAAUUGUGAAUAUGUAACAGCCAUGAGAAAAUCAAGGAAUAAUAUAGGGAGUAGUUUAAUCAAACAUAUCCUCUAUAUAUUGUAACACUUUUACUCUGUGAAAUGCAAGCAAAUAAUAUAGAGAAAUUGUGAAUAGAGAAAUUGGAUAUUGGCUGGUAGUCGAAGCUGCCAUAUCCACUUCCAAUAUACUAUGAUUAUAAAUCGGCUGGGGCUGUAACAACCAUUCAUAAGCAUCUUUAGGAGAGAAAAUACCUGAACUAGCAUUAUUCCAAACCCAAACAUCUGGAAGGUCUGUCACAACAUGCAGUUUAAGCUCGAGAAUGGCAGUUUUGACGUCAUCCGGUAAAAUGGUGUAGAGAGUCUCCAAAUUCCAUCUAUUGUUAUACCAAACAUCCUUAAUAUUCAGGUCUGUGUCUUGAAUAGCAACAAACGGAACCGCUGUACUUAAUCUCUCUCUGUAUAACCAAGGUUCAAACCAAAAGUUGGUAUUACCAUCACCAAUCUUAAACCAAAAACCAUCUUGAAGCAUACGAAGUGCUUUGGCUAUUGAGUUCCAAAUCAGCGAACCACCCGCAACCGAGACAUUAAAAAUGAGCCGACCCUUUAGGUAUUUUUCAGCAAAGAGUGUCACCCAUAACUUACUUGGGGAGUUAAGGAUUUCCCAAACGAGCUUGCCAAGAAGGAACACAUUCUGAAUUCGUGCAAUACGGACACCUAAUCUACCAUACCGACGCGGUUGUGUUAUUUUAUUCCAUCCAACAAGGUGCAUACCAGAACCUCCAGUCCCUUUCCAGAUAAAUUUUCUAACAAUUCUGUCCAAAUCAUCACACAUUCCCUGUGGAAGCCAGUGGAUUUGCAUGUGGUAAGAGGGCAGUGCUGAAAUGACAGAGUUAGCCAACACCACCCUACCUGGCUUAUUUAAUAGUCUACCUUUCCAAGAAGCUAGCUUCGCAGAAACUCUAUCAUAUAUAUCGUUAAAGUCUUGUUUUCUAACUUUUCCAUAGAACAUCUUGAAACCGAGGUACUUGUCAAACCUGUCAGUGGCAUGUAUCUGUGUGGUUGCAGCAAUAGUAUCCCGAAGACGCCGGCACACACCAGUAGAUGUACAAAAUUUGGAUUUAUCAAGACUGAUUUUGAGCCCAGAGAGCGCACAGAACCGUUCCAACACAUUAUUUACAACACGAGCUUGACUUACAUUAGCUUUCGCGAACAGCAGUACAUCAUCCGCAAAGAAUAAGUGUGACAGUUUGGUUCCGUCUUUAGUGAUUUGCAUGGGUUUCCAUGAGCCAUUACUAACAGAACUCAAAAUCAUCAUGCCGAGACGUUCCAUGCAGAGAACAAAUAAAUAUGGAGACAAAGGAUCACCAUGCCUUAAUCCACGCAUUGGAGAGAAAGGUUCCGUCUUACUACCAUUCCAAAGGAUCGUGUUGGAAGAUGCCUUGAUUCCAAACAUAAUAAGAGAGAUGAUACGCGUGGGAAAACAGCGCCAUCGCUCAGAAUUACAAUAUUAUUAUCAUGCACUUCUCUAGUCACCUGUUGAUUAGUACAAAACAGCUCCUUGAAAAACUUUUGUGCUUCACUUUUUAUGAUCUCAGGGUCUGUACACCACUCUCCCGAGCUGAGUUUAAUGCCAUGAAUUUUGUUCCUUUUCCGGCGUAUAAUAGACUGGGCAUGAAAAAAGGAAGUAUUCCUACUACCAAGCCUGAUCAAGUUUUCACGUGACUUUUGGUACCAUAAAGUUUCUUCUUGGAAAAGGAUAUUAUCCUAUUCGUCAAGGAGUCCCUUCUGAAGUCUCAACAGGUUAGCUGAAUCGAUAUCUUCCAAGGCUCUCUGGAUACCCCGCAGUCUAGCCUCGACUUCCUUUUUACGGGCAAAGAUGUUCCUAAAAACCUCCUUAUUAAAAGUGGUAGAUUCUUUAGCCACGUUUUGGAGACAGUGAGCAAUAUUACCACGAUCACGAUUCCAGGUAUUCCUUACAAGAUUAGGAUACUCAUUAUGAGUAAACCAAGCCGCUUGAAAACGGAAAGGACGAUCCUCAUGGCCCAACAUUACAUUACUGCAUCUCAAAUAGAUCGGAUUGUGAUCAGAGUGUCUACGUACUAGGUGUUCAACAGUAGCUUCCGGAAAUUUCAUACGCCAAUCAUAGUUACCGAGACCACGGUCGAGUCUUCUAUGCACAAUCCUUCCACCUCUGCAUUUCCCCUGCCAAGUGAAUUUCGUACCGAAUGAACCUAAAUCAAUCAGUCCACAUUUAUCCACAUUACUAGCAAAUAAAUCAGCUUUAGAAUUUGAAAAUACUCCUCCUUUCUGCUCUCUGGGUAGCAAUAUAUCAUUAAAGUCCCCAAUAGCGAGCCAGGGUAACGACACGGUCUUGCUAAUGUAAUCUAAAAACUCCCAAAGAAACGGUCUCAUAGUAGCGACUAGACUAGCAUAAACAGCUGAGCAAAGCCAUUUAUCAGAACCUUUAUUAACAAUAAAACUGAUACAUUGCUGCAUUUUACUCACAAGAGUGAAAUUGAAUCCACUCCCUCGUCGUUGCAUGACCCAAAUUCCUCCAGAAUGUCCUUGAGCCUCUUGGAUAUCAAUUUUAACAUAGUUUACUCUAUCCCAAAAAAUUUCAGAGGAAGCAAACAUAGUAUGUGUUUCAAGUAGUAAUCAUGUCAGGUUUGUACCUUCUUAUCAGAUCGUGCAAGUAGAAUAUAGGGAGUAGUUUAAUCAAACAUAUCCUCUAUAUAUUGUAACACUUUUACUCUGUGAAAUGCAAGCAAAUAAUAUAGAGAAAUUGUGAAUAGAGAAAUGCUGUUUAUACCGAAAAGUUUAUCCCGAAAGUGUCCUGAAUGAUCUGGCACUUCACCUCCUGACCCACUUACAUUAUUUAAUUUAAUUAAAUUAAUUUAAUUUCAUUCUUCUCUCUCAUCCUCUUUCUUCUCUGUAAUUUUCCUUUAGUUCUUCCAAAUUUUGACUAAACUUGUCCCUCUCUUCCAUGAUUUGUCUCAAAGAAAUAGGAAAGAAAGAAAUAGUGAAGAGAGAAAUAAAAAAGAUAGAAAUAAGAGAGAAGUUGAGUGAAAAUUCUAUAUUGUUUGGAUGAAUAGAAAUAGAGAAGAGGAUGAGUAGAAAUAUGAAUAGAGAGAAAUUAAUAAAAAUGAAAAAGACUAAUUUAUCCUUCAUAUUUAAAAAAAUAAAAAAUAAAGUUGAAUAUUAAAACUAAAAAAAAUAAAAUAAGGAGAAGGACAUUGUGGGAAAAUGCAUCUCUCCACUCCUUCAAUUCACAAAUCUCACCUAUUGAGGAGAGAUUUCUUUUGGCAUGGGACCCACCUAAAAAAUUUCUCUCUCUCCUUAUUUCUCCCUUUAUCCAAACUAAAGAAAUACCUUAUUUCUUUACUAUUUCUCUCUUCUUUAUUUCUCUCUCUCAUAAAUCUAUCAAAACAAACAUAGUGU